CACACUCAACUGGUAUAACCUUGCCCAUCAAUCGGGAGGAAGUAAUGAGAAGACGUGAAUCUGCGUCUAAACUGGUGAAUAGUGUCAGUAAGAAAAUCAUGCACACCUUCGGUGUGAAGGACGAUGAUUCGCAUCAAAAAAGGCCUUCUUCUACACAUAUCGUGGCACCGGAUGAUCCUAGGCGAAAUUUGAGCACUUUCGAUGCCCUCCAUAACUUUCGAGAUCUCGGUGGACUGGUUACUGAGGAAGGGUAUGUGGUGAAAAGGGGACUUUUGUACCGAAUGGCAAGGCCUGAUCACAUGAGCGAAGCCGACAUAAAAAAAAUUACUGAUCACUACAACAUAAAGACUAUCAUUGACCUAAGGAGGCAAGUAGAAAUUGAUCGAUCGAAAGCUGACAACUUAGUUGUCGCCAAGUUCACCGAGAGCAUCAAGCACGCGCAAAGGAUAAGGAUAUCGGGGUUUUUACAAACUGAAGAAUAUGAAAUCAAGCUGAGGAGGUUUCAUGUGAAUCUGUUAGGCUCUUACUAUUUGGCCAAUAAGAUCUACAAUGUUUCGUCCAAGCGAGAAAUGAUUCACCAUGGACUGCGUGACAUGUUCGGUAAGGGCCCUGGGCGAACAGCAGAAAGGUUUGUGUCGUCCACUCUGAUGGCAGAGAUUGGGAUAGUGGGCAAUUACAAUGACAUGCUGGCGAGGUGCACCUCACAGAUCGGCGUCGUAUUGAAGAUUAUCGCGACGGAGGGUAACAAAUCAGUAGUAUUUCACUGCUCACAUGGCAAGGAUAGGACAGGGCUCAUUGCCAUGUUGGUGCUUGCCGUCCUUGGUGUAUCUGAUGCCGACAUCGCCAAAGACUAUGCAAUGAGCACAUUAGGACUAGAGGGCAUGCAAGAUGUAGUGCAAACGGAGAUCUGUAGCGAAUCCGGGCUGCCAGAGGAAUUUUCAGGUGCAGCCGAGGCGAACAUGCUGGCCACCAUGACUCAUCUCCGCACAAAUUAUAAGAGUGUAUCGCAUUACUUGGAGAAGUGUAGCUUUGGAAACGCUUGGCAGAUUAAAUUACGAGCUUUAUACCUUGACAAGGGUACACAAGACGGCAUCAAAGCUGCAUCCCUGACUGAUCUAGAUCACACCGAAGUGCAAAAGGGUGCGGCAAUGGGGAUAGCAACACAUGAAUCAGUUUCACACGGUAUCGUGCCCAGCACAAAAGCGCUCAGUAUCACCGGUGUUGGGCGGAAUGCUGUUGACUCCGAUGGACCAAUAUCCUGAAACUAUUAAAAUUGAUAUGAGU